AUGACGACGGCAGUCUCCAUGCCCGCGACGGUUCUUGAAAACCUGUUGUUCUGCGACGACAUCGCUGAUGGCGAGUACCAGGGCUUUGACAUCCACCCGGCGACUGUGUUGUCAAACCAGCGCAGACUCGAGGAUUUUGUCAAGGCUGGUAAGGACAACAGCAUUACCGUUAUGAACACCGCCCGAGCCAAGAAGGUGACCAAGGAUUCAGCCCUGACCAUUCUCAAACGCCGCAAAGAGCUGGACAACGCCAUCGCCGAACACCUGGCAGAUCCAGCACGCCCCCCGAUUCUGAUCGUCAACAAGAGCAAGCGCGACCGGAUCGAGGAACAGAUCUUUGAGCGCCUGGCUCUCGACCCAGACUUCUUGCUGUGCCCACCGGUGGGCAUGAAAGAGCGGCAGCAGAGUCUCGUCUGGCUUGGUCUCCAACUCUUCCGCGUGCCGGUUCCUAACGGCGAGAUGGCGACGUUCAGAGUCGAGCCAAAGGGCGAGGGCGAGCCCCUUUACUCCAACCGUAUCGCCAAAGGGUGA